AUGGCACAAGAUAGCUCAGAUAUAAUAAUGUCCGUAAUAAUAGAUUUUGAAAUAUACAUAACAAUAUUCAUAUUAUUAGUAUUUUUUGCAACUAAGAAAAUCAAUAAAAUAAUUGAUUCCAAUUUUUAUAAUAAUGAUAAAUUAUUUAAGAGAUUAUCAAAACAUUUUUAUAUAGCAGAAGUGUCUGCAUAUUUUAGUCCGUUAAGAUAUAUAUUUCAAAGUGCUGUAUAUCAUUCAUAUUAUUUUCUAACAAUAUUUAUAUUAAUAUAUAUUUUUAGAUUAUAUUCUAGUUAUAAGAAAUGGAUGAGACAAUAUUUUGUAUCAUAUUUUAGUUUCUCAAAUUUUUAUAGAGAAGAUAUUAAUGAACCAGGAAUGGUUCCAGAAUAUGAUGGAUUAAAUGUUACAUUUAUUAUAUCAUUUGUGUUUGGAAACUUGGCUUCUUUUUAUUUUUAUAAAUAUUUAUGUAAUAUAUUUAAAAGAGAUAGUAAACGAUAUAUAGAUAUAAGAAGAACUAAUGUAUUAAAUUACUGUGUACAAUUAGCAAAGGACGCUUAUAAUGAAUUUAUAAAAAAUCAACUUCAAAAAAAAAAAAAAAAUGCCAAAAAUUCUAAAAACAAAAAAAAUAAAAAAAUACCCAAAUUUAAAUUUGAAUUAAAUGCUAACCCAGAUACGUUAAUUAUUAAUAGUGAUAAUAAUCCAUAUGAGCAAAAUGAGAAUAAUGUAGGUCCUGAAAUUAAACUAAAGAAAAAAAAUAAUAUUUUAUUUAAAAUGCUUAACAUUGUUUAUAUUAAUACACAUGUAUUACAUGGAGAAAAUACAUUAUAUGAAGAACAUCCUUUAAAAAAGAAAAAGGACUUGAAAUUUGAUAUCAAGAAACUUCUUUUAAAAUUGGUAAAGAUUUUGUGGAAUUUUAUAAUGGCUUUAAGAAGGAUACAGGCAACAAAGGAUGAAGUCAAAGUGGUUGAUACAACGAAGGAAGAGUUUUCAAAUCAAAAAAAUGAUAUGAAAAAUGGAAUGGUUGAUAUGAAAAAUGAAGUGGUUGAUAUGAAAAACGAAAUGGUUGAUAUGAAAAAUGAAGUGGUUGAUAUGGAAAAUGAAACGACUGAUAAAGAAAAUGGUACAACUGAUAAAGAAAAUGGUACAACUGAUAAGGAGUAUGAGAUAAAUGAUGUAAAAGACGAAAUGAGUGAAUCCAUAAAUAAUAUGAAUAAUAUACAUAAUAUAGAUAAUUUAAAUAAUUCAUACAAUACGAAUAGUACAACAAAUGAGGAACAUAUCUCACCAUCUAUUAAUAUAAAUGAUAUUAAAAUAAAUAAUAAUAACGAAACUGAUGAAGCAAAACAUACACCCCAGGGUAGUACUAUUAGUAACAUUAGUAUGAAUGGUAAUGAAAAAAAUGAAGAUAAAAUGAUUGAUAAAGAUAAUAUCUUGAUGAGUUCUUCAAAUGCAGAAGAAUUAAAAAAAAACCAAAAUGAUAUUAUUAAUAGUAGCACUACUACUAAUAAUAAUAGUAACAAUAAUAAUAGUAACAAUAAUAACAAUAGUAAUAAUAAUAAAGCUGGUGACUUGCAAAAUGAUGUUGUAAAUAAAGAAAAUAUAACUGCUGAGACAGAAUAUACUGAUAUAAAUUUAUGUGAUAUAAAAUCUAGUCAUCAUGAAGUAUUCGUAUGUAAUUCACAUUAUCAAUUCAAGAGCAUAAUUGAAAUAUUAAUGUUAAAUUUACCUAUAUAUUUUUUCUUUAAAAAUAAAUUAUAUGUUAAAACAUCAUUCACCAUAAUGUUAUAUAUUUUAAAUUUUAUAAUAUGGAAUAUUAUAACAGUCCUAUCUAUGAUUAAACCAUCAUUAUUAGUUUAUUAUUAUAUUAUAAAUGAACAUAUUUCUGAAAUAUUAACUGAAAAUAUUAAUGAGUUUGAAAAAAAAAUUAUGCUACACUUCUUUUAUGGAUUUUUUUGUUCUUCUCUUAUAUAUUUAAAAUAUUAUUUUAAAAUAGAAUUUAAAUUAAUAAGAAUUGAACAUAUAAAUAAUAUUGAUAGAAUGAUUAAUAAAUCCUUGAAUGAAGCUCAUAAAUUAAAAUUGAAAAAAAUCAUCAAAAAUUAUGAUAAAUUAAAAAUUUUCCCAUUACUUUUAGAUUACCAAAAAAAAUGUAUAUAUGUAGAAAAAACGUUAUUAAAAAAUAAUAAAGAAAUCGAAGAGUUGAAAAAACAAAGAAAAUUAAAAAACGAACAAUUGUGUUUAGAAAAUAUUAAUAAAAUAGCACAAUAUUGUGAUAAAGAAACAGCUAAUGAAUUAUUAAACAAAAUUAAAAAUAUAUUAUUAAAUGAAUUACCUGAACGAUUAAUUAAUAACUUAACUCAAAAAUUAACAGAUGAAAUAUAUGAUAGUAUGAAAAAAGAACAUAUCUCAUCAGAAUAUAAGGAAAAUAAUAAUUCUACAUCUUUAUCGUCACCUUCAUCUUCAUUUUCUCCUCUUAAAAAAGGUUUAAUACAAAGAUUCAUUCAUGGAAGAAAGGUUAAUAAGAAUGAUGAAGAUCUAAAUAAUAAUUCAAAAGAUUAA